CCACUACUCCCACCACCAUAUUUAAUCCUCCCCGAGCUCUCGCCAACUCUUUCGUGUUCGUGGAGACAGUUUCCGAUCCUUUGCCCACUCAUCGCCGCCGCCGCCGCUCCGCCUUCGAUCUCACCUCUGCUAUUCUUUCGAUGGCGAGUAAUGAAACGGAAGAGGAAGCUGCCCAUGGGAGUGAGUGGGAAGUGGUUUCACUUACGGCAUCUGAAUAUGAAUAUGCCGCUUCUGGCGAGCUGAAUGGUAGGGAAGAGUACGAGGGUCAAACUUCUAACGCCUUGUUUAUGUCUCAUCACUUUGCUCUUCCAUCAAGUCAGUACGAAUAUUUGCAACCGGAGCCAGAAAAGAAUGAGAUUCUUACUCAGCAGUUGGUUAAAGAGCCUGAAUUCAUGUCUGCAGAUGGGGGUGGUAAGACAGGUGUGAACUAUCAAGAGCAUCUGGAAACCAAAGAAUUGAGCUCGUCCGAGUUUCCCGGGAUGCAGAUUUUUAAUGAGAAGGCCCAAAAGGGUGAUCACUUACGUGUUAGUGGUGCAGAAUGUGAAGAUGAUGCAACAAGGUUAGACCGGGUAGAUAAGGAACCAAGAUUAUAUGGCACUGCAGCCUAUAGUAGUUCUUUACAGGGUGAAGCGAACAAAUCUGUUUUGGGUGAAAGUAUUCCAGCAAGCAAUGAUCCAUUAGAAUCUCUUCCUCAGCAGGUAGACAUAUUAGAUUUUCCAGAUGAGAAGAAACAUGAUGGAGAUGAUCGUCUUCCUUGUCAAGCUUGGUGGAAACGACAAGCUGCAUCUCUUAUCGCUCAUGCUAAGGAAGCGAACACGUUCUGGUCGGUUUUCAUUGCAGCAGCCGUAAUGGGCCUCGUGAUUAUUGGGCAAUGCUGGCAGCAUGAAAGGUGGCUGCAGUCAAAGUGGCAGCAGCUUGGACUCCAUGAAGAGAGGAUGUGCAAGAUGGUGGGUCCUCUAUCGCGGCUUAGGAACGCAAUCAUUGGAGGUGAGCGUCGAGGUUCGUCUCUCAGAAGCAGCACCCCUGCUCAACGUUAAGAUGAUGACGAAAAAACAAUGGAGGUGGCGUCUCUUUACAACGCUAAGAUGAUGGCGAAAAAUAUGUAGAACAAACAGGCAUCCUUUUGCCAGAUAUUGCAAAGUUUGCCGAAUGUGUGAUAUAUGCUGUAAAUUAUAUGAUGCUCUAUUACUAUAACAAAUAGCCUCUUUACCC